CAGUCUUUAUGGAGUAGCUGGUCUGUUUUGGGUCCCAACCAUCGAUUCUUCUUCGCCGGCGACACAGGCUACUGUCCGUCCUUCCAGGAGAUCGGACGCCGCUUUGGGCCAUUCGACCUCGCAGCAAUCCCAAUUGGAGCGUACCUGCCCAGGGAUGUGAUGAAGGGACAGCAUGUGGAUCCAGAAGAGGCUGUUCAGAUUCAUCAGGACCUUCAGGCCAAACAGUCUGUAGCCGUACACUGGGGGACCUUCGCUCUCGCCUAUGAGUACUACCUGGAGCCGCCGGUCCGUCUCAGAGAGGCCCUGGAGCCAGAAUCCUUCUUCACUUUGCAUCACGGGGAGUCUCGGCACAUCGCCACACAAGACAGAGACGUCUUCGACUGAUGACUGCAAAAACAAACAUUUCAUUAAAAGACUGAAGAUUUGAGCUCAGACUAAAUAAAAAUGAAUGUUUUAUGGUGCAUACAUGAACUGUUUGGCAUCUCACAGCUGCAGGAGUUGUAAAUACAACAGUUUGUACAAGGAUCACACUUUGAUCUAAGGUGAUUCACCUUCAGUCAUAUAUUAUUGCAGAGAUGACAGGAAGAGAUGACUUACAUGCCGAUUCUCAGAGUUGAGGCUUCAGGGGGUUUUGCUCUCUGCCUCAGAACCCUUUGAAUCCUGAGGAGGAAAAACAAAGCGAGGUCAGAGCAGAAAAGGCUUCACAGGACAGGAUUUAAAGUUAAAACCCAUCCCUUCUCUAAGAAGCUAAGUUUUUCAGAUUGUGUUGGUUUAAAACUCUAGCUUCAUCUUGCAACUUUAGACUCCUACAUGAAGAGUGUUAUUCUUUGAGAUGAGUGCUGCCAUAUAGGAGUUUGGUUUUGUUUUCUGAAUGUGCUACAGCCAAUCCAGAACUGCUACCUGUGAUGUUUACUUUCAACUACAAUGUCUUGAUAGAGUUUUUGUGAAAAACAUGCUGAUGUUGAGCUGGAAUCAACUGCAAAGUGCUUUUGUUGCAGCUUCAGCUAUUUUUUCUUUUUUUGUGUGCUGUGAAAACAUCAAAGCUGCAUAUCUUCUCAACAGUUUUUCUCCAAAUUUCAAAGAAUUUCGGUUGUAUUUUCUUUUACGGAGCAAAAACAAUAGUUUUGGCAUUGCUGUGACAGAGACUUUACCGUCUCUUACCCUGAAUGUAAAACAGUAAUAGCACAACGUUGAACCCACUUACUGCAGUAACAUGUGAGCCUGAACAGCCAGUUGUGCUUUACACUUUAUCACUUUCUGUAAACGUCACAUUAAAUACACUAUUCAAGUUAAA